AGCCACAACAAAAGCCCAAACCAAACCGGCACGCUGCUGCUACAAAGAGAGCAUGAGAAGCAGACAUUUCCUGUUUAAUAAUUUGAUUAUUAUUUUAAGAAGAGCAAUGACACUUUCCACCAAGUGUGUAUGAAAGAAAACCUCUUCGUGUCUCGACCUGACGCUGGCUUAAGGAGCAGCUCGACUGUGUUCGCAGAAUGGCUGGAGUUUUUGACAUUGACCUGGAGACUGAAGAUGUCAGUGAUACAGAGGAUGAUGUAUGCGACUUCACUGUGCCUGAACCAGAAAAUGUCCAGACGGAGGAGGUGGAGCUGACCAGUGAGAGUGUGAACAGGGACAGUGAAAGAGUUGGGCCUGACUGCUUUGAGCUGCUCAGGGUGCUGGGAAAAGGGGCAUAUGGCAAGGUUUUUCAAGUGCGCAAAGUACAAGGUGCCCAGACUGGAAAAAUAUUUGCUAUGAAGGUCCUGAAAAAGGCAAAGAUUGUAUGCAAUGCUAAAGACACAGCCCACACUCGAGCAGAGCGUGAGAUUCUGGAGACUGUGAGACAUCCUUUUAUUGUGGAUUUACUUUAUGCUUUUCAGACCGGAGGAAAGCUCUACCUCAUCCUGGAGUGUUUGAGUGGAGGUGAACUAUUCAUGCAGCUGGAGAAGGAGGGCAUCUUCAUGGAAGACACAGCUUGUUUUUAUCUUGGAGAAAUCACUCUUGCUCUGGGUCACCUUCACUCCAAUGGGAUAAUCUACCGCGACCUGAAACCUGAAAACAUCAUGCUUAACCACCAAGGGCACAUAAAGCUGACGGACUUUGGCCUGUGUAAAGAGUCCAUUCACGACGGCAGCGUCACUCACACGUUCUGUGGGACCAUCGAGUACAUGGCUCCAGAGAUCUUGACCAGAUUAGGCCACAAUAGAGCUGUGGACUGGUGGAGCCUGGGUGCACUGAUGUACGACAUGAUGACGGGAUCGCCUCCUUUCACGGCUGAAAACAGGAAGAAGACCAUAGAUAAGAUUCUGAAGUGUAAGAUCAACUUGCCCCCUUAUUUGACCAUCGACGCUCGGGACCUCCUCAAAAAGCUUUUGAAGAAGAGUCCGGCCCAAAGGCUUGGCUCCAGUAAAGCAGACUGCGCAGAUAUUCAGAAACAUCCUUUUUUCAGACACAUCAACUGGGAUGACCUGCUCAGCAAGAAAGUGGAGCCCCCCUACAAGCCACAACUGCACUCGGAGGAGGAUGUGAGUCAGUUCGACACCAGGUUCACUCGACAGACUCCAGUGGACAGUCCAGACGACACCACUCUGAGCCACAGCGCUGAGCUCGCUUUCGCUGGCUUCACUUAUGUGGCUCCGUCAGUGUUGGAGAGUCUGAAGGAAGGAUUCUCAUUUGAACCAAAAGCUCGAACGAUGCGGCGUUGUAACAGCAGCCCACGCACACCCAUAAGUCCUCAGUUUUCCACAGGUGGUCCAUUCAAAUCAAACAUGUACGGAGAAGCGGACCUGUUCUCUCCUGUCUCUCCUCCUGCUUGUCCCGCCCCCACACCACUGGAGAACGGACGCGUCAGUCAACCAAUCAGAGCCCCUGCCCGCAACAAGAAGCAGAAAGGGCACCGCAGAUGAGCGCCAGGUGCUAGGACAUGGGUUUAAAUAUAUUUACACUUUUGGGGCACUUGGAGACAUAAGAUGGCUCACUUUAGUGCCAAAUUUAGGCAAAAACAUAGGAACAUUCAAACUAACUCCCAAUAUUAAAGUGCCCAUAUUACGCCAUUUUCUGAGCUAUAUAAUGUAGCCAUAUAAUGUUUCCUCAUCAAAAACAUAUCCGGAGUUGUGUUCUGUUUCUUUCACUCAUGUUUAACACAUAAACCCUGGAUAUUCAGCCUUAAUUCCUCUCCAAAACAGAAAAAACUUCACCUUGAGAUGUCAUGUGGUAAUACUGGAAGUGUUCACUGUGUUUUUAAACUUCAUACACUUUCACUAGAAUCAUUUGAAUAAUUUCAGCUGUGGAAUUGCCAAUCUCUAAAGAACAAAAGGCAAAAGGUAGCUGUUGACUAAAAAAAACCCAAAAAACCCUACUGUUUCAUGACAUCACAAGGCGGAACUGAGCAUUUUGAGCUUUGGAGAUGUAGACAGACUAAUCAAACAUGUGUGAAUGAAACAAAACUCUGGCUAUGUUUUUGAUGAGGUAACAACAUUCUAACAUGGUCAAUUUUUCAUAAGAUGAUCUUUAAGCACAAGUAAUAAUGUGAUAAUAUAAAUACUUACAAUGCAUUACUAAUACAGGUAGCACAGUAAAAUUGUUGAUUUUUAUUGUGCUACCAAUUCAGAGAAGUCAAUAUAUUUUUAUUCUAAUUUCCUUUUUUAAAUUUUUUUUUUUUAGAACAUAAGACAAGACAUUCAGUCAAACAUUAUUAACAAUCCUUCGUAAUGCAAAUCUCAGGUAUAUCAGUUUAAAAUAAUUAAGUAAUUACACAGUAUAAAGUUUCCUUGUUGCUACACAUUGGUGCGUUUUUCUAAAAUCUUGUGCUAUAAGACUUUCUAAACAUAACAAGAUUAAUAACCAUUUUGUACAUUGAUAUCUGAUUACAAAAUGUGAAUGUGUGGGUUUGUUUUGGGCUGAUCUAUAGUCUCUAAUUUAGUGAAUUGAGUUUUUGUUUUUUUUGUGUAACAUCAUAAGGGAAUCAUUCAGAAGUGCUCCACAAAUUAUAGUGUCUGAAUGUCAAAGUAUUUUUCUGAUCAAUGCAAGAAACCAUUUUACUUUCAUUCAAUACAUUUUGCAUAUUUUAGUGCAUUGUUAUCAUCUCAACAGAAAUAAUUUAGUGUCCUGUUAAUAUAUAUAACAGUGGCACUGAUUCACAACUCCUAAUGAUCCUAUUACACAAUCAUAAGGUUAUACGUAACAGAAAUUAUUUUUGCUCAAAUCUAUUUUUAAGAAGCAUCGUCUGUCUCAUUCCAAGUUAAAUAUCAGCAAAUGAAGUAAGAAAAAAGUUGAGUGAACAAAAAUGUUUGAAACAGAGUAAUGUAUAACUCAAAAACAUAUUAAUGAAAUGUAAAAUACUCAAAACAAGGUUGAAUCAGGUUAACUAAUGUUGUUAUCCAAUUAUUUUUUUUGCUGUGUAUAAAUUGUAUAAAUUGCUACAGUAAAGCUAUGUUCUGAAUAGUUUAUGAUGACAGUAACUGAGCCCACUUCACUGUGUGCCUCUGGGAUUCUGUUCUGAUGCCAAAGCUCCUUUAAACUUAAUGACAAAAUCAAUGUCCUUUCGUGGAAAUGCCUGUUUAUUUCAUCAGAGAGUUUAUCAGGGCUACAGAAACGAUUAGCUUUUAUUUCAGAAUGGUAAUGUGAUUAAGAUAAGUAGUUUUAAGUGAGACCAUAAAUAUUACUAGGAUUGUAAAGCUCUUUUUGGCUCUCACAGGCUGCCGUAGUGUGACGAUGGCGGGUUGUAUUAUUUUUCAUUUGUUGUUGUGUGUUGAGUGAUCAUUUUCAUUACGUUUGAAUGAUAUCGAAUGUGCUCCUUUGGUCAAAAUGAGAAUACAGUUUAAAGAUGCGAUAUGUAACUUUUCUGGUGGAGGAUUCGCCACAUGCUUUUCUCCAUGGGGAUGCUAUUACUUGGCCUGAAAUAUUCCACAGUAUGACAUUAAUCAGUCAUUGCAUUUUUUUUUUAAAAUUGCUCUAAAACACCUGUUCGCCUCUCCACAGAUCUAACUUGAUGGCAUCACAUGCUUGUCCCCAUAGAGAUAGUUGUGGUUUUGCCUGAAAUGUUUCACAGUAUGGCAUUAAAUGUAAGAUAUCCAUGGAGGCAAACAGGUGGCGGACCUUCAUAAGAAAGGUUAAUGUGCACAUCUAAAUGGGGAAAAAAAAAUCCACAUUGAAAUGAAUUAUGGUUGGGUAUUUUUUGAGACAAAUAAAUAAUAGGAAUAAUGUAACAGGAGGUGUUUGUAUAAUUUUAUUUUUCAUUUGAAUUUGUGUAUUUAUUUUAACCAUUAUGUAAACCACUUUGCAACUUUGUCUUAACUCAUUUUGAGACACUGGGCUUUUUCCAUUUAUUGUCACUGGCUCAAAUCACUAUCUGUUUUGGAAAUUUUGAUGCAGAAAUUUAAACACUUUAUCAGUUUGUUCAUUUAAUUUAUAUACGCAAAUAUAUAGUUUUAUUAUUUUAUUUAAUUAAUGGUACGCUUUACUUUCCAUUUUGUGUUUUUUUUUUUUUUUUUUUUUUUUUUUUUUUUUGUGUCAUAUUGUUUUAUGCCUUCAAAUAAAAAUCUAUAUGAC